CUCCCCCUCCCUCUCCCCCCUCAAGCCUGCAAGCUGGCCAACUACGCGACGCCGCCAGUCUCGCCCUUGGGCUAUCGGGCUCUCGAACCACCCUUCAGUCUGCAGCUCAAAGGCCGGCUGGGUGGAAUGGACAAUGACCGUCGGCCGCGGCAGACCCCCUCAGGUUACGCGAGCCAGCAAGGCACGCUCCUUCCACCACAGGCCUCAUAUCCCGUGGUAAGCGCAUCCGAUCGCUUCAGGCAACCGCCCUUGACUGCACCUGCCCCGCCCUCCUCUGUCCCCGCCCCAGCAAGUCGCGCCUACAGUUACGCUUACGGCGAAGGUCCACAGUUUACUCCCUCGAUUCAGCCCUCGAGCGUCUCCUAUGGCGCCCAAGACUACGCAGCCGAGCACCAGCAGCCGCCCCAGCGGGCGUCACAGCAGUACGCGCCAUACGGGCAGGGUGUAAUGUAUAGUGUGCCUGGCGCGCAAGGCCCCGGCACAGGGUCGUCGCAGUAUGAACCUGUGGAACAAUACCAGCAAAACAGGGACUCGGCUAUACAAGUCCUCAGCACCGGCUUUGGGGUUGCACAACCGCAAUACUAUGAGAGUGGGCCCACGAGCGCGCCCGCCUCUGCCAUUGCCACGCAAAACGUCCCUUCACAAUACCCCUCCUUAGCAUAUACAGCACCCCAGGCCCCGGUCGGACGAGAAGCCCUUGCCCCUGCCUACACCGCCGCCUCAAUGGCAGAUCAACACCAGGCAACUGCCCAAGGGGCCUAUUCUCAAGGCAAUUAUGGCGAGCCGCAAAGUGCUGGUGCUGGUGCUGCUAGUAACGAAUACGACGACUUCUACAACAACUACCAGACGGAGCUGAAGAAGACCUUCGAGCACGUGCGGGAUGGCCGGCUCAGCGAAGCCGGAGCCCAGCUGUACAGACUGUCGGACUGGCUGCUACACUGGGCUGAGACGCUAGUGCGCGACGACGAGGCCCAUUACACGCAGCGACUAAAGCUAUGGGAGGAGUUCAACACUUGCUGGCUUGCAACUCUGCAAAAGCAAAAAGCCAUGACACAGGACAUGGUCAACACGGGCCAGCGACCGCAGCCGCCGAAAACGCUGAUUGACUUCGACUUCCUUGAGAAAAUGGGCACCCAGCUUGUCAAGAAUUGUGACAUUAUGGAGAAGCACGGUCUAGUAGACUACCAAAUGGGCGUGUGGGAAGAGGAAAUAGUCGCGAUGUUGACUUCCUGUCUCGACCUCCUCGAAGAUAAUGGAGCUGGCUCAUCCGCACAGCGACCCACCUCCACAGCACGAAGGCGAUGAUCGCAUCCUCUUUCGAUAACGACAGCCCUCAGUAGCUUGCCCUGGCGCCGCCUUCGAGCGCCGCUGUAGCAACGCAUUGGCUUGGCCGGCGAGAGAGGCUUGCUCUACUCCAAGUCCGUAUACGUCGAUACUUUCAUGAUAUUUCCAAGCCUCCUAUAAGGCGCUUACCGAGGCGGAUUCGCCACCGUAUCCGCGAAUAAUUCUCUCGCCUAUAUUCUGUACAUCUAUUGGACCUGCGGCGCUUAAUUGACUUGUCUCAUCUUUUCUUUUUUUUUACUACCAUAGACAGCGACGGGCAUUGGAUACGGUAUCGGGG